AUGUGCCAGCGGCGGGGCGCUGAUGGGCCAGAGGAGUUGCCAGCUUCGUUGUCGAAGAUGUCCUCAUGCACAACAAUUGGCGUAGGGAGGCGCAUCCUGAGGCUCGUGCUCGACAAAGAAGCGCCGGUGUCCACGUUCAUGGCGCGUGCACCAACCGGCGAGGGCAGGUGCAUCCUCAACCCGAAGCUUGGUGCAGAAGCCCCAAUGGCCGCUAUCUCGUGCGCCAGAGUCGGUGAUGGAAGGCGCGGCGAGUCCGGCUGUGCGGGCUCCGCGGGCAGCGAAGGUGUCGCGGGCUCGACCUCCUCCUGGACCUCGUAG